GUCACUGUGUGUAAUGAGGCGCGCAAGUCGCAAUCGCACAUGUGCGUCUUCAUUUGCUGUUUCGGUUGUGGUCGAUGGGUUGGCUUCUGUUGCUCAAGCGCCAUAGAUCGAAACAACCAUGACGACGAAAAUGGACCACGCUUCUGAAAUCGUCAUUCUGGCUGGGAACUCUCACUUGGACUUGGCACAGAAAAUAGCAGAUCGCCUAGGUAUUCGUGUUGGAAACUGCACGGUGCUGCAUGCAGCCAACAGGGUUGGUGAUUACACAAACUGCGUGGAAACUCUUGUAGACAUUGGGGAGUCAGUCCGGAGUCGAGAUGUUUACAUCAUACAGACAGGAACCAAUGACGUGAACAACAACAUAAUGGAGCUGCUCAUCAUGGCAUACGCAUGCAAGACAUCUUGUGCGCGCAACAUUGUGGGGGUUGUCCCCUACCUUCCCUACAGCAAGCAGAGCAAGAUGCGUAAGCGCGGCUGCAUCGUCUCGAAGCUUCUGGCCCAGAUGCUCUGCAAAGCAGGGCUCACACAUAUGAUCACAAUGGACUUACACCAGAAAGAAGUGCAGGGCUUCUUUGACAUUCCAGUCGACAAUCUGAGGGCUUCUCCCUUCUUGCUACAGUAUAUCACUGAAUGCAUUCCAGAUUAUAGAAAUGCAGUGAUUGUGGCAAGGAAUCCCUCAACUGCCAACAAAGCAACAUCUUACGCAGAGCGGCUGAGAUUAGGUAUCGCUGUGAUCCACGGGGAACAGAAAGAAUCAGAGUCCGACAUGGUUGACGGCCGUUACUCACCACCUACGGUCGGUUCAUCGCGUACCAUGGACGUGGGUCUGGACAUCAUGCCUGUGCCUGCUGCAAAGGAGAAGCCUCCCAUCUACGUCGUAGGCGACGUUGGAGGACGAAUAGCCAUCAUGGUGGACGACAUGGUGGAUGACGUACAGUCCUUCGUGGCCGCUGCAGAGAUGCUCAAGGAACGUGGUGCCUAUAAGAUCUACGUCCUAGCCACCCACGGCCUCCUGUCUAGUGACGCACCACAACUCAUCGAGAACUCUGCCAUUGACGAGGUGGUAGUUACCAAUACAGUGCCUCACGAAGUGCAGAAGAUGCAGUGCCACAAGAUCAAGACAGUAGAUAUCAGCAUCCUGCUUUCGGAAGCAAUUAGGCGCAUCCACAAUAAUGAAUCCAUGUCUUACCUCUUCCGUAAUGUCACCCUCGAGGAUUGAGGCAAGGAACUUAGGCCGUUGCAUGCUCUGGACACCACAGACGAGGCUUUAUACAGUAUCUGUUUUCUACCUGCUACCACAAAAAUGUUCUGGAUUCCUCAAAUUCAUACCCAUUGCAUUUCCAAUAUAUGCUUAGUUUUUAUACAUACAGAACUUAUGUGUAUCUUUAAAGACUGUAUAAAACGAGGGAAAUCUUUGAUACAUGAGGGACACCUCACGCCUGAAACAACUUGUGCUGCCUAUUACCAAAGUUUCCUUUUAGCGUUGAUUACCCAAGUAAGUACAGUCGCCGACCAAUUCUUCUGAUUUGAGGGAGCCACAAAAUCUAUCUGAAAUAUCGAGCAAUCUGAAAUAUUGAGCAAUCUGAAUUUUUAGACAAAGGCUUAAACCUGCAAUGUUUAAAAGAAAAACUUUAUUUCAGGACUCACACUGGAUUGCAAUCGCUGUUGAUAUGAGUUUGCUUCCCCGCGUGGACACAGAAUAACGCAUUGCGGCAAAUUUCUGCUAGCAUAGCUUAUUGCGAUACACUUCCAUGAGCGUAGUAACACCCGUAAGGAUCAGCUGGUUGACAGGGGCGCAACGGCAACCACUUCGUCGCUGCGUCUGAACUCUCCGGCGACGAAUCAAGAACAUGCUGGCGAUGUCGGCAUCAGUUACUUCUGGGCAGAAUUGGGCAUUGUUGUCCGCAUCUGCGUACAUAUUGAAUGUUACACUAUCUGGGACCUCUACGCCAGAGUUUCGGAGCUCUUCGUUGAGGGCAGGGUCGACUGCCACAUCAUCAUCGUCAAUGAAGUCGUCAGUGGUACUCCCUUCUCUUGCACUUUUCUUCACAAAUCCAGUGUGAUGGAAAUUAUUUUCUACAGUUGUUUAUUCUUAAUUAUUUUCUACUGCUUCCCAUGGGUUUUGGAACUUCUGUAACAGAGAGGCAAUGGACUUUAAACUAAGCUCCGUCUUUGCAUACGUGCGUCACUCCUACACAGUUAUUGGUUGCCAAUCUUCCCUUCAUGGUGCGGUCUAAAAUAUCGAGUCCCGAAACGCACAGUAGUGUGUCUGUUUUGACUCUUGGAAGACGAAGUCCGAAAGAAUAGGCAUGCUCGGUGCGAAAUGAGUACGAAAAACUGGGCAGUCCAUCUGAAAUAUUGGAAGCGGAAAUACUUUGGCUCUAUGGGGCGCUGGACAGUGCCAAGAGUUUUGCCCAAAUUUUUUUAGUUCAAAAUAUGUAUCGGUCGGCGUCUGUGGCCACGAAGUUAGACGUAAUGAACCUACCAUCCGUACAACACAGUCCGUAUCUAGAAGCUCUCAUUAAGCAUUCUUGCGAAUGUCAGUUCUUGAAUGUACUGAGUACCUGGAUGCAUUGUGUGCUUACUUCACCUUCUCUUUUCUUUGUACAUUUAAGUUUAUGCGGUAGUGCAUGCAGUACACAGAAGAUAUGUCCUGUCAUUGGUGUACCGUGCAUGGUUCCAGAACAUACAGCUGCACUGUUACGUUUGAGGUACAUUGCUUCCUUCAGAAGGGAGGGUGCCCUACAGUUAGGUAUGGUCAUCUCACACUACGUUCUACAUGCACGUUUAUACAUAACGUGUAACUUAAGCGUGUGUUUUGUCCCACAAAAGAUUCUUUUUGACACAUAUUUUGCGGGCACAGCAAGGUGGCAAAUGAAAUGUGUCGAUAAAUGUUAGUAAAAUGCCAAUAAAGCGGCUGUUGAUGCUGA